AUGGACGGAUUACUCAACAAAGCAAAAGAAUUAUCAAGUAAUGUUGAUAGUAAAGAUUUAAAAGAUGCUUAUGAUACUUAUAAUAAAACUGAUGGUACAUUACAAGAUAAAGGUAAAGCAGUUUAUGAAAAUUAUAAUAAAUCACAUUCAAAUACAUCAUCAUCAGAUUCAAAAACUGAUUCAAAAACUGAAUCAUCAAGUGAAUCUAAAAUUGAAUCUAAAUAA